AUGGCGAGGCUGCCAGCGCCGGGACAGUGCAUGGAGCAGGCGGCCGCGCUCAACACCGCCGAGCCGUCCUCAGAUGUCCCCACGCACCAGCCAGCCGGCACCUCUGGCACGCGCUGCCUGGCAGUGCGCUCACCGCAGCCCAUGCAGGCCCGCCGCCAGUGGGGCGUCCUGUCCCUGCAGCAGCAAGCUGCGCGCCCCCCAGAGCCGCAGGAAAACAACGAGCAACAGCCGCCGCAGCCGCUACCCACGAACAGGGCUCCACUGGCGGAGCACAGCCAGAACGACAGCGACUUCCUGGAUGUGUCAAGGUCGCGCGGCUUCCAGGGAGCCGGCCCCAAGAGGAGGAGCCACCGCGCUGCACCCUUGAGGAACGGCAGGCCUGGCAACGCUGUGGCCCCCAGCAGUGUGCGGCCUGUGGAGGUAGCGGAGCCCCUGGACAUCUCGCCUGAACCCAUUCGUGAAGGAGAUGAGAGCAAUGAGCCCGCCAGGGAGCAGCCACAGUGGCGGCGCAAGCAGGGGCUCUCCAUGGAGCCUGCAGGGCGCGCGGACAGGGAAGCCAACCUGGUCUCGACCGGGCUCCAGCUCGCGCUCAACUUGGCAGCAAGCCCAUCAGAUGCCCAAGGCUCAGGAGCAGCAGGCACUGAGGCAGCGCAGCCCAGGGAGGACGAAGGGGAGGAAGAGACGGGGAGCAGGCAGCAUGAGGCACAAGAUGCAGACAGCAUGAAUGUGUCCACCGGUCAUCCGCUUGCUGGCAUGUCCUUUGUGCCGGAGACAUGCCUCCCGGUGCUGUCCCUGCCGCCCUCUGACACAGUGCCAGACACGCCGGACGCCAGGUGUAUGGCGGUGUGCUUGGGCGAUGAGGAGUCACCCUGUUGCAGCCUGGAGAUGCAACCUGGGCCGUCCUGCAUCAGUGUGCUGUGGCUUGGGGUGGGCAAGGAGCUGCACACACAGUCUGUCCAGCGACUUUCCUCACCACAGCAAACCACCUGCCUGUUGGUGUCAGGCGAGGAUCACAUGUUUGCAGCAGGGGAGGGCGGCAGCGUGCAGCAGUGGCGCGUGUCAGACGCGGCUGACAGCUUCAAGGAGCUCCCUGCACUGCCGGCCGCCAAGUAUGGCAACAUCGAGUUCCCAAACAUUGCACAGCUGGCGCCGGCUGGCCCAGACUGCAUCCUGGCCUGCUCCUCGACAGGCUCAGUUGCCCUCUGGAACCAUGCCAGGGGGGAACUGCUGAUUGCGCGGCAGCACAGCGCAUACAGCGUGCGCGACCUGCACCUGCUGCCGCCGUCGGUGGCGGCGAGCGCGGCCGGCCGGGGUCUGCGAGCGGGGCUGGCGGCUGUGCGCGACAGCCGUCUCCCGCCUGAGCAGCGCGGCCCCUGGCGCCUCGCGAGUGUGGUCAUGCAUUACAACCAGCUCGCAGUGGGCUCCAGCCUCCUCGAUCAGCAGGCAGGGCCCCCUUUCCCCAACACCUCCUCUGUGCUGCACACAAUCUGUCAUGAGGUCACUCAUGUUGCCAUGAGCGGGAUGCUUGCGGCUGUGGCGCUGCCCGGGGGCGCGAUCCACGUCAUCGAUGCUGUCCAGGGGACGACACUUGCAGUUGCGCCCCCAUGCGCAGACUGCAUCCAGCUGACUGCGAUCAGCUUCCUUGACGGUGGCGCUCUCACUGCCUUGGCAGGCAAUGCAGUCUGGUACUAUGAGCUGCAGCCUGGCCUCAGGGAAUGCUGCCCACUGGCUGUAAAGACAGUCUGA